UGAUGUCGCCCCUCCUGCGGCACCUUCAUGGAGUUACGAGGGCGAAGGAGGUCCCGAGAACUGGGCGACGCUGUUUCCCAAUUAUUGUGCUAGCAGCAGUCAGUCCCCGGUCGCCUUGAAUGGACUCGAAGCCACUGCCAAGAGUUCCUCCGACGCCUGGGUGCUGGACAAAUACGACACCGUCCCUACUGAUCUCACGAUUAAAAACAAUGGACACUCAGCCCAGGUUGCAUGGACCAUCACAGACAUCGCGGAGCUUCCCUCGGUCAGCGGCGGAGAGUUGGGCGGGCAGUACACUUUCGCCCAGUUUCACUUCCACUGGGGCAGCAUCAGCACGCAGGGAUCCGAGCACACCAUCAAUGGACACGCAUAUGCUGCCGAGCUUCAUCUGGUGCACUUCAAGACUGAGUACGGUUCCCUCACCGAAGCGGUCGCGCACAAUGACGGUCUUGCUGUGUUGGGCAUUAUGCUCCUGGGCGGUCUAGUCGACAAUCCCAAACUCACACCGAUCAUCGAUGGGCUCGCUACCAUCACGAAUGGAGGUACCGAAGAACACCUGGCGACAAUGCUUCCUCUCCAAGACCUCCUGCCGCCGAACACCAACACCUUCUACAGGUACUCAGGCUCCUUGACGACUCCCACCUGUAACGAGGUCGUCACCUGGACUGUCUUCCAAGAACCCAUAAGCAUUUCCGAGAAUCAGCUUGAGGAAUUCCGCAAGCUUCUCGGAGAUGAUGGACAGCACCACAUUGUCGACAACUUCCGCCCCGUCCAGCACCUCAACGGCCGCACG